AACACCGCACGACGAUGGCGGAUAAGGACUACUACAGGCUACUGGGCGUCAGCAAAAACGCCACCGAGGAGGACAUCAAGAAGGCCUACCGUCGACUGGCGUUGCGCUACCACCCGGACAAGAAUCGAGCGCCGGGCGCGUCGGAGAGGUUCAAGGAGAUCACCCAGGCCUAUACGGUGCUGCGCGACAAGAAGACGCGCGAAGAGUACGACCGGAGCGUCGAGGAAGGCGGGAAAGCGAGAUUCGGCGGCCAUCGCGUACACACCCGGCAGUGGGCCGACCCGUUCAACAUCGGCUCGUGCGGACGACCCAAGCCCACGUCCGCGGGGCCCUUCUCGUUCGGCGGAGACCCGUUCCACAACUUUCAUUUCGACACUGCGGCCAAGGUAAGCAUCUGUCGGACAUAG